AUGUCGACUGAAUGGUCUUUGGACUUCUGCUUGGUCUGUGACCGUCAAACUUUGGGUGCUCCCUACUGUUCCCAAACCUGCCGUCUAGCGGAGUUGGACGAGAUAUCCGGAAUAUCACGAAGAUCGAGCGCAGCCUCUACACAUUGGUCUGAGAUCAACCAAGCCCAAACUCAAGCUUCAGAUACCUCUCUCCUAUCUGCCUCCUCAUCUCAAACCUCACUCUCUUCACUAAAGGCCACAUCCAAUUCCAAUGUGGCCGACCGCCUCCAGGAUGAAUUGCGUGAUUACGCAUCUUCCUUCGACCAAGUCCGCGACCUGAAACGGCGCAUGACUACCACAUAA